GCCAAAUUAAAAUAGACGAAGAGAACACAUAUUUUUCCUUCCUAGUUCAAAAAAAGAGAGAACUCUUGGGAUGGACACACGGGCUGCUAUUGUUUGCUUCCUCGUGGUGCUAGCACUUGUGGGUACUCCUAUUUCUGCAGAGAAUUGCGCGGUCGUUGACGACGGCGGGGAGUUUUUCUGCACCAAGCCGCUGUGCAAGGCCACGUGUGAGGUGUUUGCACGUGAUAGGAAGGGCAGCCUCAAGGACUACCACUGUGAGAAGAAGAACGCCAUGAAGGCUGUUUGCUAUUGCAACAUUUGCUAGUAGAGACUGAAAUACUAGCUAGUACUUGUUACGAUAGACCAAAAUAUGUUAUGUAUAACCUCAUAUUGAGAGCAAGGAAUAAACAAUUUAUUACUCGAUC